CCGUCGGUAUAUUCCGAGGAAAUUCCUCGGGAUAUUCCGAGGAUUUCAUUUUUCGUCGGAAUGUCCGUCAGAAUACCGCUAUUUUCUUGUAGUGGUUCUUCACAAUUUUUUUGGGGAAUCGUAGCUUACUGUUGUUACGAAUGAGAGGGAACAAAGAGACAAAGAAUGAAUGUAAAAUGACGCUAAUAUGCUCUCAUUAAGUCCGCCUAUAACACCAAUUUAAAACUCUCAUAGUUCACUAAAAUUCCCAACAAAUUUCCAAAGAAAUUAAAUAAAUAUUUUUAAAAAUUAAUUAUGUAGAAAAUUUGUCGAAGAUUUCUUCAUGAAUAUGAAUUCAGUCGGAAAUGGCCUUGUUUUUUAUAGUGUACUGACUGUUAGUAAUUAUGUAUCCAUUGCGUUUGAUUUAUUUUCAUGUAGCUCUUGAUUUUUCUGAUUUCCUUACCAGCAUAAAUGGUAUCUGAAUUAUUGUUCUUCACUACACAUGACAAAAAAUUUAGUUUUAGUUAAUAAAUUACAUAUUGAUUGUACAAGUUACGUACGAAUAAAAAUAGAAGAUUAUACACAGUAUGCCAAAAUCAUAAAUACAUAAUCAUAAAGUAAGUAUAAUUUUAGUAAAAAGUGACCAGAACAAUAUUGCAAUGUUGCACCAAAAUUUAGCCCAUAAAAACAUAUAUGUGUUGGAAGAAGAUUCUACAUUGGAAAUAUGUAAAGGAUUAAGUAAUAUAUAAAUGACUUCGGCCAUUGCAUUUACCGCCAAUUGGUUUUAAGUUGGAAGUUCAGUAAAUUUGUCAUGGUAUCAGAGCAGACCCACACACUGACCCAUUAAUCCGAUCAAAAAAUGGCCCGAUCUUCCCACGAAUUGAUGGCCCAAGGAAGAUUCAAUUUUUUCAUGCGUUGGCUUUGUAGAUAGAUGCAUAAACGAAACCGUAUAAGAGGGAGCUGACGGGUAUGUUUGUGAUGAGAAUGUUGUGGUUAGCACUUAACACUUGAGCGGGGCUGGAUUUGAAAUUUCAGGGAUCAUAAACAUUUUUAAAUUAAUCUUAAUAAUUUAUUUUGAUAAUUUAGAAGUCACACCACUUAUUUCUCAUAUAGAAACAGAAACAUUAGACCCAAAUUUUUUUAAAAUAAUUUAAAUAAAAUACACCAUCUAUUAUAAAGUAAUUAUGAAAACAAUAUUAUACUACUAUAUUUAUUUCUAAACUAAUUAUAAUAUGAACCAAAUUAUUAAGAAGACAAAUUGCAAAAAAAAUGCUAAUAAUAUUAAUUAAACCACAUAAGAUAAAUAUUAUUCAAAUAAAAUGUCUCUUUAACACUAAACAACAUUGGAUUAAUUUAUAAAAUUUGUUUAAUCAAUUUAAAAUAAAUUUUCCGAUGUUGCGAAGUUUGGGGACCAACGAUCAUCCUUUUAUACCCAGAACCGGCCGUACACUUAUGCUCUGGAAACUAUUCAGGAAACUAAAACAACUUGGGAAAACCAUAUGAUCCAGAAAUCAAGACUUUUCUAAAUGAAACGAUUUUAGGUGUUGUAAAUGAUAACUUCUCUUCACUGGCGUUUAGAAAUGUACUUUUCGAUUUGGAGAUAUAUUGACUGAAAUUUUUGAUGGGAAGCGUUACGAGAGUCUAUAUAUGAAUUUUUAGGAAAGAAUAUACUCAUGUUUAUGAGAUUGAUUUAAAACACUCCACACGGAUGGAAGGAAAACAAUGAUGAUAGGAAGGUUGCAUAAUUAAAACAAUCAUGGCCGUAAAAUUUAACUUCUAUUUUUCUAUAAAGAAAAAAAGAUGACGAACACAGAAUCUAGGUUUGCUAUUUUUUGCCGACUAAAAUCUAGGCUUGCUAGUAUAUAUUGAUUUUUAUUAUAAAAAAAAAAGAGAAAGAAGAAGAAGAAGACGGCCUAUAUCUCUCUUACAAAUCCAAGGGGAAAACAAAACCCAAAUUAAAUAGUUUUGUCGGGAAAAGUAGAACAUGUCGAAGAAGAAAACGCCCUCCCUCGCCAUUUGGUUACUCUACCUCGGUUUACUUUGGUUCGAUUCAUUUCCCGGUUUAGAAGCAGCGACCGGAAAACUAGCAUCGAUACCAGGAUUAUACGUGUUUGGAGAUUCAUUGGUUGAUGCCGGAAACAAUAAUUACUUACCAAUUUCCAUAGCCAAAGCUAAUUAUCCACGUAACGGCGUCGAUUUUCCUAAAAAGAAAGCCACCGGAAGAUUCUCUAACGGCAAAAAUGCCGCCGAUGUUAUCGCUGAGAAAUUUGGUUUGCCAUUACCGCCGCCGUAUCGCUCACUGAAAGGCGCAUUAAAAGUCAAAAAUAGAGAAUCAGCGGCCUUGACCGGUUUGAAUUUUGCGUCAGGUGGAGCCGGGAUCUUCAACAGUUCGGACAAAAAACUUGGACAAUCUAUUCCUUUGUCACACCAAGUGGACGAUUGGUUAUCUAUUCAUAACGAAGUGACGGGUAAGCUUAGACCAGCCGAAGCACAGGUUCAUCUAUCCAAAUCUCUAUUCAUUGUGGUCAUAGGCAGCAACGAUCUUUUCGACUAUUAUGGAUCGUUCAAAACGCGAGAAAAGAACAAUCCUCAACAAUAUACCCGAUCAAUGGCUGAUAAACUCAAAGAGCAAUUGAAGAGAAUUCACGAAACUGGAGCACGUAAAUUCCUAGUAGUCGGAGUUGCACAGAUUGGUUGCAUACCGGGGAAUAGAGACACGGAAUCGGACCUCCACGAAUGCGACGAAGAGGCAAACAGGUCGUGCUCUUUGUACAACGAAGCUCUAGUUAAGAUGUUGCAACAACUCAAACAAGAAUUGCAAAACUCAAUGAGCUACUCUUACUUUGACAACUUCAAGUCGUUGCAGGACAUUAACUCCAACCCUGCCCGUUUCGGUUUUACUGAGGUGACAUCAGCGUGUUGUGGAAGUGGAAAAUUAAACGCGGCUAGUCAUUGUCAACCAAUUUCGAAGUUUUGUCCAGACAGAACCAAACAUCUCUUCUGGGAUCGCUUCGGUCAUCCCACGGAAGCUGCAUCUCGAACCUUCGUAGACCUUAUGCUAUCUAAUGAUUCACAAUACUCAUCUCCUCUGACUCUCACUCAACUGGCCUCUUCAUGAUGUUAAUAUGGGGCUUCGUUUUCCAAAGAUUAGAUCAUCAUAUAGAAAAUGGACUCUGAGAGUGGAGACUUCAAAUACAAAUCAAAGUAUAUAUACAUACUAAAUUUGUUAGCAAUCGAAUAAACUUUAUUAGUUUACUAGUGUUUCUCUCAAUAUUUUACUUGUCUAUUUUUUGUUAUUAAAGUUGCUAAUUUCUCAAUGUUUCAAAACAAUAUUGAAACUUUAAACAAAUGUAACUUUACACCCGGUUUAUCAGCCACAUUAAUUGGGUUGGUACUAGCCGCUCUUCUCCCAAACAUCGAGACAACUCCGAUCUCCACAGAUCUUGACGCCAGUGGUGCCUCUGGCCGUCGGCAUCUCCUUCUUCCCGGCUCCUUCUGCUACCGUUUCGCGCUUUCUUUUCGUCUUUGUCACCGUCAUCGUCACCCGCCUUUGCACCAUGGACUCUCUAUCCGCCUUCACUCAAAAGAGUAGGCACCGAAUCUACUUUGUUUGAGUACGAUCCCCCACCGGACCUCUGCCUUCCGCCUCUCUCCGCCGUGACCAAGCGCUGCAUUUCAUUGUUGUUACCCUUCGACUCUCUUCCGAAA